ACCGUCUGGACGCGGGCGGACAUGUCGGCGCUGUCGCGAGCCGCGCCCUUGCUUCGCCUGGGAGGCCGCCUCUUCAAGGGCCUCGGGGAGCGGGAGGCUGGAGGCGCCGGAGUGCGUCGGGCUGGCGGCGGGCCACACAUUGAGCCCCGCUACCGUCAGUUUCCCCAGCUGACCCGCUCGCAGGUGAUCCAGGCUGAGUUCUUCAGUGCAACCAUGUGGUUCUGGAUUCUAUGGCGCUUUUGGCAUGACUCGGACGCUGUGCUGGGUCACUUUCCAUAUCCAGACCCUUCCCAGUGGACGGAUGAAGAGCUGGGGAUCCUUCCUGAUGAUGAGGACUGACGGGCCACGUGGAUGACUUCCUGGCCUUCCUGUUGUACAUUCAUGCUGUAAAUUAAAGUAGUCAAGAACAAAAAAAAA